AUGGACCCGUCCAGCGAGGAUGAAGCUGGAAGCCAGCAGGGCGACGGGAGGAGCAAAGCUGCCACGUCAGCUGAUUCCUCCAAAUGGCCAAUUUCGGUGAAUCACAGCAAGCCAUCUGAAUGUUACUUGUGCGCUUCCAAGAGCACGGACCCCAACCCUUUGGUGCAGGAGGUGGGGGAGGCAGCAGACGCUGUGCAAUGGCGGCCUUGGGCCAAGUACAGAAAGCUGCCUCAGCACUGCGUGCGUGUUUCGGAGGGCAAAGUUUGCUUGCCUUGUUUCAACGUUUUUCGCUUGCUAGGGAAACACAAGAAAUAUAAGAAAACCUUGACCUACUACCAACACAUCAGCCAAAAGGCGAACCAGGCAGCGCAGAAUGAACACAAGGAUUUCUUGGCUGCCUUGAAGCAUUGGCUGAAGCAGCACCAAGAGAAUCCUGACAAGUUCAAGCUUAAAAGCAAAGAUGACCUCCUGAAGACACAGAGGGAGCUCGUGAUAUCGAAGAAGCAAGGUGGCAGGAUGACAGCACCGAAGAAGCAAUUCAUUUUGAGCAGCCACUGGGACACCGCCCGUCACGGAGAGUGGGACCCAGCCAAGGAAGUGGACCACUGGAUUGACGGUGCUUUUCGAAAGGGUGUCUGGCGCAACAUUGGUGAAGAAGGAGUGUAUAACUUCGAAGCCUAUGAGGACACAGGCCUUGAAGAACGAGUCAUUGAAGAUGACGGACAGCAAGAGAUGUUUGCAGAAGAAGCUUUCCAAGCCAAGAAGCAAGCAGCUUUGGAAGCCAUGCAAAAGCAAGCCAAGGACAGAGAUGCUGCUUCGGUCAAAGCCAAGGAGAGCGAAAUGUCUUUUGCGGACUUGGUCCAUGUGGUCAGCUCUUUGGGUAAGUCAUCGUCCGGCUCUGCCGAGGUGCCUGUUGCCGAUGGACCCACCAACAGCGAGGGCAAGGGCGCAGAGAGCGGAUCUGAUGUGACCAGCUCUUCCAAUUCAAGCUCUGAAGAAGAAGAGCAGUCAACAGGCUUGGAUUUGUUGCUUUCGCAUUCAGCCCCCAAAGGCAGUCGUGGGGACUCUGUUGCUGAAGGCUUGCCAAAGAGGCCGCAAACCAAGGCCAAGGCAAAGGAGGCCUCCUCUGCCAAGACACCUGUUGCAGCUGUGAAGGAACCGACAAAACGGGCAAGUGCACAGUCGCACAGGCCAGCUAAGGUGGCCAAGGUUUCCAACCUUACCACGGCUGGCGGGUCUGAAGCUGGGAUGCUGUCUCUGGAUGGCCGGGCUAGUCGCACCUUGAAGACUUUGGAAGCUGCCAUCCAGCAAGCCAAGGAAAAGAUCAGUGAGGUUUCAUUCAACGAUUUGCCCCAGAGUGCCACACAAAUGAAAGCAUUCCGUGCAGAGGCUAGCGACAGAAUAGCCAAGUUGACAAGCGUCGCCAAGAAGGCCAAGGAGACAGGCAGCAGAGUGGGAAAGUCCAACAACAAGGAUUCGUUUGAGAAGCAGCUGGACGAAUUGCAGGAGCUCGGAAAUCUGGCUGCAGCAUGUGCAAAGCUACUGACAAAUGCAUCUGCAUCCAGUCUGGACGCAGAUGCAUACAUCAGUGCGUACAGCGAGGCUUCAGGGGGAGGUGCAAAGCUGGGCCCCUUGUACAUCCUGAAGCUUGUCGUCGCCCAAGGACAGAAACUGUUGUUGUAUGGGAAAUACACAGAAUAUUGCGAAGCAUUCCUGGCUUCAUCAGAGCCCAUCCAAGCACUUUCCCAGUCCUUGGGGGAAAAAGAUGCUGCGAAGCAUUGUGCCCUGGAAGUGGAGAACCGCAUGCUUGCGUCCCUGAGGGCGAUUCCUGCCAGCGAGCUGUCCCUUCUGAAGCCCGGCAAAGCACCAAGAGACUUGGGCUCAGAAGCUCCGAGGGUGAUCGAGUGCUUGGAUUUGGCAGCCGCCAUAGAAGACGCGUGUGGGAAAGACGGCUUCAUGGCGUCGGAGUUGGCAGUUGCUGCCUGCACGGUGGGUUGCCUGCUUGGGCAGGAAAAUGUUGCAGCGCUGUGCCAGCAGGUUGAAGCUCUGCAAGACACCGCAAACAAAGAUCUCGAUUCAAUCCCUGCUUUGCAGAGGUUUUUCUUGCAGCACGACACUGGCAAAGCUUUCUUUUCCAUCGCGCAGCUGCGGGUUGAGCAAGGCGACAAGGAGAGAGUUUUUCAAGAGAAGCUCGCUACUCUGAGGAAAACAGUGUCCCACUUGACUGCCUGGCCCAAGCAAAGCCCUCCAGAUGCUGAGUCAGGAGUCAUGGCUGUGGAGAAGCGGGUGGUGCCAGCCGUGGAUGCCUUGGCUGAAGUGAAAAAGACAACCUUUUUUUCAGAGGGCUUCAAAAAGCAGAAGAAACAUGAGCAAACUUCCAGCAGCUUGUUCGCUGAGUUUGAGAAGCUGGAAAAGCUACUCAGCACGGGGUCUUGCGACCUUGUUCGGCUUGUGUGCCGUGAGAACAUGGAGAACCAUGUGUUGCUUGCCUGCAUGGGCUGGAACUAUCUCUCGGAAGCCUUGGGUAACGACUGCUUGGUGAAGUUGGCAGGUGGCACCUUUGGGCUUUUCAACCUGGAGGAAACCUUGUUGUCUUGGAAAGCAGCAGGUUUUGCGGAACACAAGGUGUGGGCCCUUGUGCCAGCGGCUGCCGAGGAAGUUUCCAAGUACAAAGCAGCUUGUGAGGUGGCAGUUGAUGUUGCACAGCACGUGUUCCUCAAACACAAAGCCUUUUCGCACCUGCCCAGCACCAAGCCGGUAGAGCCUGCGACUUUGCAGCCUUUUGUGGAAGAUGCCACAGGAAAGAAAUUCGCAAGCUUGUUCCUGCAACCGAUUCAGGAUGACUUGGACACCUUGUUCUCUAAAGGACUGGAGACAGUGGCCCCGAUUGUUGCCAAGUGCGUGAAGGGUUUGUUGGGGGCUGGGAUUGGCAAGCAGCUGCGCGCUGAAACAAUGCAGAAAAUUCCUGCCUCCCAUCCCCUCAGGGAAGUGGUGGAUUUGUUUUUGCAGGUGACAGAGCAUCCAACCCCAACUGAAGAUUCCACAGCGCUGUGCAACCUCUCUCUCUCCCUGCGCAACUUCUGGGAAAAGUUGAACCCGCUCUUGGAGCAGGUAAAUGCAGGGACGGCUCCCGCACAGGUGGUCACAGACAUGCAGACAAUUACUUUCAGCGGGCCUGAGAUGUUGAAUUGGAUUUCUGAUACAGUGCAGCACGCGAGCAACAGCCUUUUCAAGAUUUGCGUGGCAGAAUUGGCUUCAGCUUGGGCUGCUGCUGUGGAGCUGGACAGCAUGUUGGCCAAGCUGCCUGACCCUGCCACCAGCGAAGAGCAGUACAGGAGUGAAGGGACCAAGCUCACCAAGCAACUUGCUGACACUGUUACAUCCAUUGGGAAAAACGAAAAGCUAAGGUUGAAGGGCGUGUCUGCUUUGAAGAACCUGUCAGACACUAGUCUGCCCGGACACCCGUCUGAGAAUGGCCCCAACGCCUUGUUUCAGAAGUAUCAAGGUGGAGAAGAAUGCUUCAAUGCCAAGGUCCUGAAGUCUUGUGCUUGUGCCUCUGUGCAUAUCGCCAUGGUGGCUGGUUUGUGCCUUCUCCGGAACGGGGCUCUGGGCGCCGCCACCGAUGAAGGGAAAGUGAUCAGGCAACAGUUGGAAGGUGUGGCUGCAGCACUCAAAAGCAAAGUUGAAGCGCUUCAGCUUUGUGCUGAUCCUGACAAGCAGCUGCUGGCAAUGGCCCAAGGAGUUCUGCAAGAAGCCACCAGCGCGCACAAGCCUGAGGCUGCCACAGAAGCACCAAGCUCUACGAGCAAGCGCAGAGAUGGCACUGAGAAAGAAAAAGACAAAAAGAACAAGGCGGACAAGGACAAGAAAGACAAAGAGAAAAACAAGGCCAAGAAGGAGAAAAAGGAGGAGAAGAAGAAACGUAAGUCCAAGGAAGAAACCGAGGACGAGGGCGACGGUGCAGCGGAAGAGCCGGCAGCCAAGACGGCCCGAGGCAGAGGCCGUGGAAAAGGCAGAGGAAGGGCCUAG